CAUUACAGGAAUCGUUAGGGAAUUCAGUAUUCCGAGAUCUAGAACGUCAAGAGUGCCGAGAAUACCAAACUUCAGGCACUACCUCUCACCACGGACAACGCAGUGGCCGACAGCCUUCACUUAACGAUCGAAGAGGAGGGGGGGAUUAGUGUUUAGCGUCCGUCGACAACGAAGUCAUUACUGUCAACGAUUGUGAGCAGUGCCGUUUCCGUAAAGUUGUCAGUACUAAUAGACAGGUAACACUGCGUGAAACAACCGCAGAAAUCCAUGUGGGACGUACGACGAACGUGUCCAUUAGGACACUGCGGCGAAUUUUGGCGUUAAUGGGCUAUGGCAGUAGACGAUCGAUGCGAGUGCCUUUGCUAACAGUACAUUGCCUGCAGCGCCUCCCAGGGAGUCAUGACUACAUCGGUUGGACAGUGGACGGCUGUAAAACCGUCGCCUUGUCAGGUGCAAUCAGCCUCUCCCAGCCAGUAGCCGAGAUAGAGGGAAAUUAUUUCGGCAGCCCUUCUUGCGUGUCAGUUUUAGGAUGCUGCGGUGGUCUAGAACUGACUGCCUACAUAUCACAAGGUGGACUACACGGCCACAUAACUUUUCGGAGGUAUCAUGCAGACAACAGAAAAAUUCAUGUCCACACAUCACUCCAGACUGUCAAUGAAGUUUCCAAAUGGUCUUGGAGAAUACAAAAAUUUCCAGUUUAUUAUAGUACACUACAGGAUCGGUGCAAUGAUGAGAAACUUGGGCCAGUGUUGUUGAAUCUAGAUGACACUAUUGGACUUCUCGAAUUUCCUGUGAAAAACACCAGUGAUUUACUGAUACCCACAGAUUUGAUAUCAUUAACUGGUGAAAAAGGCUUAUGGGGCCGAUCUCUGUUGAUCUUUGAAGAGGGCUAUAGAAUCCAUGCUGCUUGUGGUACAAUUAGUGUUUCAGAUCAAACAGAUGAAAAACUGGCUGAAGCAAAAUUCUAUUCUCCAAUUGCUGGGUCUGUUUUCAUGCGGUGGAUUGGAAGCCUACAUUCUGAUUCCAUAGAUGCACUCAUUCACACCAAUCUUUACUGGGUAACUAAAGAGAAAGGAAGUCCAGAAAAAGAUACAAAACAUCACUGGAAGAUCUAUGCAACAGAUAUUUUAGAUGCAGAAGCAGGAAAGACAAGAAGCAACUGCAACUUUCUUCAGUUUGUGUUUAAUCCUGCAUCUGCAAAAGAAGGACAAACUGUUGGUGACAUUGAUAAACGGUUGGGUAAAGUGCAGAUUUCAGGCAGUCCAGACUCCAAUGUUAUAAACACCUACCAUGACUCAGAGUUAACAUCUGUACCAUUUGACUUAACAACAGGGCAACGGAGCCUGUACAUUGUAAUAUUUGACUCAAAACACCCAGACAGUUUUUUAGCAUGUGCAAGAAUUAGACAAAUAACUCCUUACACACAGAAGGUUAUCAUGCAGUCUGAAGGAGUAUCUGGAGAAGUGACAUUCAGCCAGCGCUCACCAUUUGACCCGACAUGGCUACAUUUUAAUUUAUCAUCAUACAAUGAUAAAUUUCUUGGGAGGCCUUUCCAUCUGACAAAGUACAGGAUACAUGAACUGCCACCUCCAUCCUUUUUUGCUGAAAAAAGUGGCAAUAGAUGUUUUCAAACAGGCAAUGUGUACAAUCCGACUGAUAUCAAUCCAGAUGAUGGUUCUGCAAGCCAGGAUACAUAUGGUGUUGGAGAUCUUAGUGGAAAACAUAAUAUGUGGCGUGAAGAACAAACCUUUUCUGAUUUGAAUGGCAGGUACUGGGAUAUUUAUCUACCACUUCAAGGUCCAUACAGUGUUGCCCACAGAUCCUUAGUGCUUUACAAGGACACUAAAAAUGAGAGCAAUCCUAAUGAAAUAAUUUCAUUGCCAUGGAUAUGUGGGACACUCUCCCAUUACCAGGAGGGAAAGAACAAAUGGAAAGAGCCAAUGUUUACUGCUGCAGUUAUCUACAGGUAUCCAAUUGUAGGUCGUAUUGUCUUCCGUCAGCCAAAAGACAAACCUUGGGCUGAUACUACAGUGAUAGUGGAAUAUUUAAUACAUGCAGAUGGAACAUCACAAAAUAAUACUGAGGAACAUCGCUGGAUGGUGCAUGAUUUGCCACCUGGAAAAGAUUUCUAUAACUGGACUGGUCGCUGCUUGAGUGCUGGUCACGUAUACAAUCCAUUUGAGGUGAAUCUUCAAUCAAAAAAUUCUGAAUCACCAUGCACAUUAGAGAAAUCUGGCUAUUGUCGAGUAGGUGAACUAUCAAUACGUCAUGGCACACUAAGCAUUGCUGGACGCAAAUCUGAAAGUAAUAAAUUAACACGCCGUCUGUAUACUGACACUCAUCUUCCUCUUUCUGGACCUGGAAGUAUACUUGGAAGGUCUCUAGUAAUUUAUGAUGACCAUGGGCCAAAAGCUAGAGGAGAACGUCUUGCAUGUUCACCGAUAACAGCAGUUUACAGGCGCAAAGCUGUUGUGAAAGAUUGGUUUGGCAAUGGUUUGUUGCCAUCUAUAAAAGGAAAACUAGAAUACUUCCAGCAAACUGAGUAUGAUAUCACCGACAUUGAGGCAAAUAUUGAAGGACUUGAAGACACAAAUGGUUUUCAUAUUCAUGUUGUACCUGUUGAUCCAAGUCUAGAAUUUCCAUGUGAAGCUUCAUCUUUGUAUGAUUACUAUAAUCCAUACAAUGUAAGUCUUCAUCUCUCUCCUGCACCUGCAACUGGAACAACAGACCAGUACCAGAUGGGAGAUUUAAGUGGAAAAUUUGGAACACUGGAUGGAUUAACAAGUCUCAACUCAGCGUUCAAUGACACACAUCUCCCACUCUUUGGUCCAUACAGUAUCAUAGGAAGAUCAGUUGUUAUCCAUAAAAAGAACAAAAACCACAGGUGGGCAUGUUCAUCAAUUGAACGUGGCUAUUCCCCUUCAGAAGCUCGAGAACUAAGAGCCAUUGCAUCAUUUCACCAUCCCUUGGGAUUUGCAUAUGGUUAUAUCAGAAUGACCCAACUGAUAUAUAAUGAUGGCAGCAAAAGUGACACAGUGAUCGAGGUGAAUCUGAGACAUCCUGGAAAAAAUGAUAGGAAUGUUACAAGGAAUCACAACUGGGCAAUAUAUGUAAACCCUGUGGGUGUGGAUGCUUCGGUUAAAGUUCUUAACACUAGAUGUGUAGCGGGAGGAUAUAUGUGGAAUCCAUAUUAUACCCAGCUUGCCGAUCCUUUGAAUGAAGAGCUGUACCGUCAAGAGUGUGGUCCUGACAACCCAUUACGUUGCUAUGUAGGUGAUAUUUCAGGACGCUUGGGUACAAUAGAUUUAGGCGAUAAAAGAAAAGUUUUUUCUGAUGUCAACUUUCCACUAGAAGGUGAUGUAUCAGCCAUAGGAAGAUCAAUUGUAAUUAUGAACAAGGAUCGUGGCUCAGAAAGAUUUGCAUGUGCAAAUAUAGAACCAGAUAAGGACAUCAUAAAAUAUGCCAACAUACAAAAACCACCAAAAUUUGUUUUGGCACAGUUCAUUGAGGAUGUUCGAGAAGUAAUGGGAGUUCCAGAAUGGAUGUUAAAUGUAGAUAGUCGUAGGACUAAAAUACUGCACUCAGGUGCAUGCAUUCAGUUUCUACUUCACUUUAAAGGUCCUAUUGCAAAUCAAUUAGAGCAGGAUUUCAGCAGGCUUUUGGGCACUGGAAGACUCGCUGCACCUAGUCUUUACAUUCCUGGUUAUGUACCAAGUUCGAAAAGGAAAACACAGCUAUCAUACCGCCAAUGUGGAGCAAGUGACCCAUUAGAUAAAACAAGAUCAAAGAGCAGUGGGGUGACUCACAAGGAUACAAUAUGUAUUACUUUUCUACUUUUAUUUGUAUCAUUCAGUUUAUUUUAGCUUAUCAAUCAGACUGUUUUUAUUGGCUGUGUAUAUCUGAAAUUACUGUAUAUUAAUAUUUUAUUAACUGCUGGUGUAAAGGAAGACGAAAGCAAAUAGAACUAAGAGAAAUGAAGUGCUGUAAAAGAUAAAAGUAUGUACAGUACCCUUAUCAACUGUUUAUGUAUAAACAGUUGGCUUUGGCUAUAUGGCCAAGUGCAAAAUCAUCACACUACUUAAUGCAUUUCUUGUAUACAAUUAACUUAUAAAUUGCAGAAUAGAUGUGGAUAUUUAGUAAAUGUUGCACAUGCCUAUUGUAUAUCUGUUUUCUUAUAGCACCAACCAAAUAAGAACUUCAAAACAUCACUUCAUUAUUUAUUUUAAAAUACAAUAACAUUAGUGAAAAUCUCUGGAUAAAAAUUUGUAGAAAAACCAGACCUGUACUCACCUUGAAAUUGUAACUGUCAACCAAGACCAUAAUAUAGUUAUUAAAACUGAUUGGUUCUUCAGUUUUGAACUUAAUCAAUUGUUUUUCAACAUCAUAAGACAUAUUCUGAUGAUAUGGAAGGCUGUGAAGGAAGGUGUAGAACAUACACAGGUGCAUAUGAGCAACUGAGAUAAUUAAUGAGCUUUCACCUACAUAGUACUAACAACUGUGGGCAAAAACAACAGUCAUCUGCAUAGCUGCAUCAGUGCUGAGGCAUUAAAAAUAGUGACAUUUAAAAAUUCAUGGUAUGUGAUUGGUUGAGGUAGGCGCGUGAAGCUGGCAUGGCUAUCGGGAUUCUCUUAUGACAGCUUGACUAUAGUUUGUCAAAAUGCGCAUCUUGAAAGUGCAGAACUGUGCAGAUACCAUUUAAUCCACAAAAUAAAAUACACUGAAAUACUGGGGCUGUGCAGAACAUGUCAUGUACAGUGGUUGUAAUGUGUCAAAACAUGUUGUGUCCCUAGCAGCAAAUGGAAUGUAAAACUGAUUGACAUAAUCAUCAUCAAAUGACAUACAUAGUAAUACAUCAGUUUAAUUGGACAACUGUUGCAAACUCAUUUCACUCACUAUUCAUGAAUAUUUUGUUUAAAUUCUCUUUUUUAAUGACUGUGUAGCUAUUCUAUGGAACAUGGUAGAAUUUUGAUUUCUUUGAGUGUUGCAGUCCUUUUCCAAGCUGCUGUAUGAAAUACCUGUUAACAUUGAUACAUAUUAUGAUUUCUAUUGCACAUGUCUUCUAGUAGAACAAAUGUGAUAAAAAGUGCUCAGAUGUAUUCAAGUAUGUUCUGAAUCUAUUCCAAGAACUUGAAUUGCAUUUCUGUUGCAGCAAAUGUGUAACCAUUCAGUAACUUCUGCAUCUAUGUCUACUUAAAUACCCUGCAAUUCACAAUUAAGUGCCUGGCGUGCCUGUCGAGCCACCUCCAAGCUAUUUCUGUACUGUACCAC